GAAAAAUGUGGAUAACAAAUAAAAUACAAAAAGAAGGUCUGGAGGUCUGGAGAUCUGGAGGUCUGGAGGUCUGGAGGUCUGGAGGCAGCCCGGAACCGAACCCGGACCCGGAGGACUCAGAGAGCUGCUGUUUACUUCAAGUCCAACUGAGGAUCAGAGGAAAUAUCUGGAUUGGGUGAUCAGAAAGAGAAGAUGCUUUGAUUCGUCUGGCUUAAUAUACUAAAGUACUUCUACAAGUACUACCACUAGUACUUGGUACUACCACUAGUACUACUACUACUACUACUACUACUACUAGUACUACCACUAGUACUACUACUGGUGCAGUUUUUCAUCUACAGAGACAAACAUACUUCGAGGGUCCCAGAGGGUUCCAGAGGGUCCCAGAGGGUUCCAGAGGGUUCCAGAGGGUUCCAGAGGAGCGAUGGGCAGCUUCCAGGGCCACGCGCUGCCCGGGAGCUUCUUCCUGGUGGCGGGCGUCUGGUGGACGGGGAAGUACUCGCUGUGGCGCGCCUCCCGCAGGAGCAAGAACCUCGGUUCCACCCGCCUGGCCAGCAGAACCUCACAGCGCCGCCUGGAGGUCGUGGAGAGCGCCGUCGUUCUCUUCUUCUCAUUUGUGGGGAUGCUGGCGGAGCAGUUUGCAGACGACGGUCCGAGGCUCCAUCUGUACGACUCCUCAGAGAAGCACUGGGAACAGCUGAUGAACUGGCAGCACGCCACCAUGUACCUGUUCUUCGGGCUGGCGGCCGCCGUGUCUUUAGUCGUCCACACCGCGGACGCCGCGCCGCUGGCUCUGGACCGGCUGAUGCUGGCGGUCGCUUUCUUUAAUGAGGGGUUCCUGUUCUUCUUCCACCUCCACGGCAGGAGCGUGCUGGACGUCCACGUGCACCAUCUGCUUCUCUUCGCCGUCUUCGGCGGGGCCCUCGUGGCGUUCCUGGAGGUCUUCCACCGGGGGAACGCGGCCCUGGAGCUGCUGCGCUGCACCCUGACCCUCCUGCAGGGCAGCUGGUUCUGGCAGAUCGGGUUCGUGCUGUACCCCCCGAGAAGCCCCGAGUGGGACCUCGGUGACCACGACAACGUGAUGUUCGUCACCAUGUGUUUCUCCUGGCACCUCGCCUUCGCCAUGCUGCUCGUGAGCGCCAUCUACUGCACCGUUAGCUGUGCGGUGCGCUCCAGGUUGAGGAGGACUCCCCCGAUGGAAAUGGGUCUCCUGAAGUCCAGAGACCGGGAUCCAGAGUCAGAGGAUGAGAUCUUAUGAAGAAGGACCACAUUGUGACUCAAUGAUAUAGAUAUCUACAGAUAUCUUUGUGAGCGUGUGGACCCAACGGGACGAGGAAAUGUCUUCUGGACGCUUUGCUUGAUAAUCGACUCGCUGCCUUUUUAUUAUUUAAUCCUUAUUGAAUCAGCUGUGAAGCCUUUGGCCUCACGCUCAUUGAUAUUCACUUUACUGGUUCAUACUUUCAUAUCCUUUGUGUCAUUAAUCGUGCACACACAAGUGAACACGAGCGUAUGCGUGUCCACUUGUUACGGAUUGCAUGCUUUUCUUUUGGUCCUGGUGGAACCAUCAUCCAGAGCACCUGGUUCUACUUAAUGCACAACUUUAAAGUUACUGUGGGGGACUUUUAACUGGUCCAGAACCAGUCUCAGUCCGGACCGAGGUCAUAUAGAGGACCAGGACUAAACUGAGGUCUAUAGAGGACCAGGACUAGACUGAGGUCAUAUAGAGGACCAAGACUAAACAGGUCUAUAGAGGACCA